AUGAAUUUCUCGAUUUGGCCAUAUUCAUUUUAUCAAUAUAAUUCUUCUUCUAUUGGAAUAAAUUUAAAUUCAUCAUCAGGUUAUGAAAGUGCAAGUACCGAUACAAGUUUAAUUGAACCGUAUUUAUCAAGUUCGUUACCACCUGUUAGAAUUGAACAAUUAAAUGUAAUCAAUGAUUAUCAUAAUGGAUUGAUAGAAGAUAAUCACAUUAAUAUUAAUCAAGAAUCAACGGGAGAUUAUGAUAAGAAUUAUCAUCGUAAGAAACGUCGUAUUUUAUCACGUUUACAACGAGAAGAAGCCAAUCGACGGGAACGUCAUCGAAUGGAAAUUAUUAAUCAAGCUUAUGAAGAUUUACAAAAUGUACUUCCAUUUAAAAAAGGUCGAAAACGUCAAAAAAUGUCACGAAUGGAUACAGUCGAUGGUGCUAUUCAAUAUAUUCAAUCACUUCUUGAAAUACUUCAUGGAUCAAAUUAUAAUCGAGAAUUUCUCCAACAAUAA